AUGCAGGAACUUCAGUCGCAACCAAGUCGAAACCCACCGUGAAAUCACCACCCAUCGGUUUGCGAACUGUGUGUUCUGUUUUGAAAACAGCAUGGGCCUGACCGAGAGCUUGUCCCACUGCACGUGCAUCUCCACCUGCGACCUGCACCUAUUGGACGGUACCAGCUGUCAAUUACACGAGAGGAGAGGAUGGGCUGUGUCCAAUGUAAGGAUAAAGAAGCAGCAAAACUCACUGACGACCGGGAGACCAGCCUCUCGCACAACUCGGGAUACCGCUAUGGAGCCGACCCCACGCCGCAGCACUACCCCAGCUUCGGGGUCAACACCAUCCCCAACUACAACAACUUCCACAGCGCCGCCCCGCAGGGGGUGACUGUGUUCGGAGGAGUCCACACAUCCUCGCAGUCUGGGACGCUGCGCUCCCGGGGAGGAACAGGGGUGACUCUGUUCGUGGCUCUGUAUGACUACGAGGCCCGGACCGAGGAUGACCUCAGCUUCAGAAAGGGGGAGAGGUUCCAGAUCCUCAACAGCACCGAGGGAGACUGGUGGGAGGCUCGUUCUCUCACUACAGGUGGAACUGGUUACAUCCCCAGCAAUUACGUAGCUCCGGUGGACUCGAUCCAAGCUGAGGACUGGUAUUUUGGUAAAUUAGGUCGAAAGGACGCAGAGAGGCAACUGCUCUCCAACGGCAACGCCAGAGGCACUUUCCUCAUCCGUGAGAGCGAAACCACCAAAGGGGCCUACUCCCUCUCCAUCCAGGACUGGGACGACAUCAAGGGAGAUCACGUCAAACACUACAAGAUUCGCAAGCUGGACAGUGGAGGCUACUACAUCACCACCAGGGCCCAGUUUGAGACGCUGCAGCAGCUCGUACAGCACUACUCUGCCAGGGCUGCGGGGCUGUGCUGCCGCCUGAUCGUGCCGUGCCACAAAGGCAUGCCUCGUUUGACCGACCUGUCCGUCAAAACCAAAGACGUGUGGGAGAUCCCGCGAGAGUCCCUGCAGCUCAUCAAACGUCUCGGAAAUGGCCAGUUUGGAGAAGUCUGGAUGGGCACGUGGAACGGCACCACCAAGGUGGCUGUGAAGACUCUGAAGCCCGGCACCAUGUCGCCCGAGUCCUUCCUGGAGGAGGCUCAGAUCAUGAAGAAGCUCCGACACGACAAACUGGUGCAGCUCUACGCCGUGGUGUCCGAGGAGCCCAUCUAUAUCGUCACCGAGUACAUGAGCAAAGGGAGUUUGCUUGAUUUCCUUAAAGACGGAGAAGGACGAGCGCUCAAGCUGCCAAAUCUAGUGGACAUGGCCGCUCAGGUGGCAGCAGGAAUGGCAUAUAUUGAGAGGAUGAACUACAUCCACCGAGACCUGCGCUCUGCCAACAUCCUAGUGGGAGAGAGUCUGGUGUGUAAGAUCGCUGACUUUGGUUUGGCCAGACUCAUCGAGGACAACGAAUACACAGCGAGACAAGGUGCCAAGUUUCCCAUAAAGUGGACUGCGCCCGAGGCUGCUCUUUACGGGAAAUUCACCAUCAAGUCAGACGUGUGGUCGUUUGGCAUCCUGCUGACAGAGCUGGUGACCAAGGGCAGAGUGCCCUAUCCAGGCAUGAACAACCGCGAGGUGCUGGAGCAGGUGGAGCGAGGCUAUCGGAUGCCGUGCCCGCAGGACUGUCCCUCGUCCCUGCACGAGCUGAUGGUGCAGUGCUGGAAGAAGGACCCGGAGGAGAGGCCGACCUUUGAGUACCUGCAGGCCUUUUUGGAGGACUACUUCACUGCCACUGAGCCCCAGUACCAGCCAGGGGAUAAUCUCUGAGCACCACCGCCCUCAUGUCAUGUCAUUGUACUGGCUUUCCACCAGAGGGAGCCAGACUCCACACAUUCUCUCCCAUCCUGUGGCGCUAAUGAUCUUAAAAGCUCAUCGACUGACUUCUUGACUUCCAAGCUUCACACACAUACACACACACACUCACACACACACACACACACAUACAAAGGGACGGACUGCUGCUCUGUCAGCAAAAUGACUAUCACUUCAGUGGAUGUUUUUUGGGGGGGGUGGGAGGGGGCGUUUCAGAUGACCGGAGAGUUAAAAAUGACUGCCAUGGAUGAACCAUAUAAGUUGUGGAAGUUGUAUGUAGUGUAAAUAUAAAAUGCUUGUUUACUUAUCUUUUUUUUUUUUUGGUUUCAUUUUAUAUUACUUUUGAUAUUUUGGAAAUAUGUGGGUUUUGUUUUUUAAUCCAAGGUUAAAGUUAUUUCAGAUUUACGGCUCGUGGAGAAACGUGAGGCUCACAGUUGUUAACAAAUCGUGACAUAAUAAUUGUAGGAAUGCUAACAGUUAGACUUCAUGGACCGAGAUAUCUCAGAAUUUUUUUCUGGGAGUCCACUGACCUUUUUUACGAGGUUAAUAUGACGAUACUGCUCUCCUCUUCUCAAGGAACUUAGAUGUACUUAUAACACCUGUUCUUGCCUUUUCAUGUUUAGUAAUAUCUCUUAUAACGUAAGGGAAUGCCUUCAUGCUUUCUGAACACUAACUUAGUGCAUCAUGGACUCUUGCAACCAAACUUGUGCGGCAUCUGCACUGAUACCAAGUGCAUCCAUCGCUUUUCAGCUUCAGCCAGAAGAUUUUUUUAGAUCGGCUUAAAGUAACUUUUAGUUCAGCUUAAUCCACGGGGGCGAACUUCCUCUCCAACUGCAACCAUUGUUCGGCUGACUGCUGAUUAUACUGACAAUGUUUUAAAAAGUUAUGUUUCCUUAUUUUAUGGCAGCAGGCUGUGCAAGAAUUCUGCUUUGUCUUCUCGCUUUCGGCAGCCAAACAAAACAAGCAAACUGCCACAUACAUGACGGGAAUGAAGGAUGGUUACCUGUGUUUGUCCCUACAUAACGUGUUCCUGGAAAUUCCAUGCUGUUUACGAGACCAAACAUUAUACUUUUACAGUUUUAUUUUGCUCAGCAUUUUCGGCCAGCCUCCCGUGUCCUUAAGAAGACAUGAUUAUGUAGAUCGAGCAAUCUGCAGAUUUAAGUAUCAAACUUCUCUCCUUGAGUGAGAAGGAGCAUCCCAGGACAAUACGCCAUUUCUGUGUAUGUUUGUUGCUUUUCAUGAGUGGAAAAGUGAGCGACAACAAGAUUUUGUAUCACAUAUUUACCCUUAUUCAGUAGAACACAAAAUGUUUUUGGUCUCUGCAUUAUUUAUUGUCUCUGUCUGUUACUUGUACACAGCUGGUUUUGAAAUAAACAAUCUUGCCAUCA